GAAAAAGCAGCACCGGGCUAGCUGACGAGAAUUUAGCUGUUGUACGAAAUAAAACAUUCACAAUGUCUAGCAAAAGGGCUAAGGGAAAGACCACGAAGAAGCGCCCUCAGCGCGCAACUUCCAAUGUCUUCGCCAUGUUUGACCAGUCUCAGAUUCAGGAGUUCAAGGAGGCCUUCAACAUGAUCGACCAGAACCGUGAUGGGUUUGUGGACAAAGAGGAUCUUCACGACAUGCUGGCUUCACUGGGAAAGAACCCAACUGACGAGUACCUGGAGGCCAUGAUGAAUGAAGCUCCUGGACCCAUCAACUUCACCAUGUUCCUCACCAUGUUUGGAGAAAAGCUCAAUGGCACAGACCCUGAGGAUGUGAUCAGAAAUGCAUUUGCUUGCUUUGAUGAGGAGGGGACAGGUUUCAUCCAGGAAGAUUACCUCAGAGAGCUGCUCACAACAAUGGGUGACCGGUUUACAGAUGAGGAGGUGGACGAGCUCUUCAGGGAGGCUCCCAUUGACAAGAAGAGUAACUUCAACUACGUGGAGUUCACACGCAUCUUAAAGCACGGUGCCAAGGAUAAGGACGAUUAAAGACCAGCGUUUUCCUCUGACUCCCCUCCGCCUCUCUGCCGUCAGCUAGAUCACCGUUGCUGCAUGUCUCAACUCUCCAGUAAAAACUCAGUUUUACACAAACCAAAGCAAUAACUAUCCACUCUGUUUGCUGUGAACUUCCAGUACUGCCAAAUUUCCACAUUUCUGAUGAGAAGAAGUUUUUUCAUGUAAAGAUGUGAAGUGGCAGCACUUUGGAAGCUCUAAGGGAUAAAUCUUUGCAACUCAUGUGAUCCGGUUUAGCUGAAUUUUUACAUUUUAUAAUAUAAACUUUUUAAAUAAAGCCCUCUAUCAAGUUGUACUUUGCUGUUUCCCUUCCAUAAAUGACAACUGAAAUAA